AUGAAGCCUAACCUACAAGGCAUGGUCUGGGUAUUUGGUUACGGCUCGCUGGUUUGGAAACCUCCGGAGGGAUUCCGACUUGUGGCGACUCUCAUCGAGACUUCCAAGCUGCGGGAGAGUGAGGGCAACAAGGAAGGGGAGGACGAGCUGUGCUGGGGGAUGUGCUAUGGUUAUGAGGAGGAGGACAGGGAAAAGAUCCUCGCAUACCUCGACUACAGGGAGAAGGACGGCUACGAUCGACUGCUCGUGGAUGUCUUCCUUCCGAAAGACAGAGGUGGCGCUGAGCUGGAGGCGCAAGACUGUGCGAGCAUCUCGAACGUCCUGCUCUACAUCGCGACCACAGACAACAAACAGUUUCUUGGCCCGCUCAGUGAGGAGCAGGUGGCUGAAACCAUCGCCUCGAGUGUUGGUCCGAGCGGCACCAACGCCGAGUAUCUCUUGAAGCUGGCGGAGGCGUUGAGGGGCAUGCGGGUGAGGGACGAGCAUGUCUUCCGCGUCGAGCAGCUUGUCGAGCAGCUUCCAACGCCUCCUGUGGGCGCCCGGGUGAGCGCCUUCGAGGGCUGCGGGAGAUACCGAGGAGACGGAGGCUGGAUGCUUCAGAAGCUCUGGGACGUGAGGAGCUGGCUGGAAGUUCCCGCGACCCCUGGAAUGUUUCGAGCUCCUCUCGCCCCGGCAGCCUCAGCAGAUGAGGUGCUCAAGUCUAUCGGCUGGCCGCCUUCCAUGCGCGUUCGUGAGGUCAAAGCGGCUCGAGAAGCGGAAGGAGGCCGCGUGACUGCAGCUCAUUUCCCGUGCGGAGGAGGCCUCAUGUGGUCUCAGCAUACUCGAGAGCAGGAGGAGAGCUUUCUCCUGCUCUUGACUGAGUCUGCUUGGCACAAGGAGUGGGCGAGACUGACAGAAGGGGAGGAGGCGGAGGAACGGCUGCUCGAGUAA